GCCACAAAGCCCCGGGCCCGCCACCGCGUGGGAAGCGCGCGCCCGCCGCCCCCGCCCCGCGCGCGCCCGCCGGGACCGCGGAGCCGCCGAGCCCGAGGGACCGCGCCGCGCCGCCGCCAUGAGUGAAAUUCCUAAGGAUUCCUUGAAGCCCAUUCUGUUGGAAUUAGAAUGCCACUUCACAUGGAAUUUACUCAAGGAAGACAUUGAUCUAUUUGAUGUGGAGGAUACAAUUGGGCAACAGCUUGAAUUUCUUAACACAAAGUCCAAACUUACUCUUUACAACCUAUUGGCCUAUGUGAAACACCUUAAAGGCCAAAAUAAAGAUGCCCUCGUGUGCUUGGAGCAAGCCGAAGAAAUAAUCCAGCGAGAACAUUCAGGUGAAGAAGUACGAAGUCUGGUCACUUGGGGAAACUACGCGUGGGUGUACUACCACAUGGACCAACUUGAAACAGCUUUGCGGUAUAUAGACAAGGUAGGGGACGUCUGCAAGAAACUGUCCAGUCCUUUCGGCUACAAGUUGGAGCGCCCUGAGAUUGACUGUGAGAAAGGGUGGGCACUCUUAAAGUUUGGAGGAAAAUAUUACCAAAAGGCUAAAGUGGCUUUUGAGAAGGCUCUGGAGGUGGAACCUGACAAUCCAGAAUUUAACAUCGGCUAUGCCAUCACAGUGUAUCGGCUGGAUGAUUCUGACAGGGAAGGGUCCAUCAAAAGUUUUUCCCUGGGCCCCCUGAGGAAGGCUGUUACCCUGAACCCAGACAACACCUACAUUAAGGUUUUUCUGGCCCUGAAGCUUCAGGAUGUACAUGCGGAAGCUGAGGGGGAGAAGUAUAUUGAGGAAAUCCUGGACCAGAUCGCUUCUCAGCCCUAUGUCCUUCGAUAUGCCGCCAAAUUCUACAGGAGAAAAAACUCCUGGGACAAAGCUCUUGAACUUUUGAAAAAGGCUUUGGAAGUGACUCCGACCUCUUCUUUCCUGCAUCAUCAAAUGGGGCUUUGCUAUAGGGCGCAAAUGAUUCAAAUCAAGAAGGCCACGCGCAACAAGCCGAAAGGAAAAGAUAAACUGAAGGUUGACGAGCUGAUCACAUCUGCCAUAUUUCAUUUCAAAGCGGCCGUGGAACGAGACUCGAUGUUUGCUUUUGCCUACACAGACCUGGCCAACAUGUAUGCGGAAGGGGGUCAGUAUAGCAACGCUGAAGACAUUUUCCAGAAAGCCCUGCGUCUGGAGAAUAUAACUGAUGAUCACAAGCAUCAGAUCCACUACCACUAUGGCCGCUUUCAGGAAUUCCACUGCAAAUCAGAAAAUACUGCCAUUCACCAUUAUUUAGAAGCCUUAAAGGUGAAAGAUAGGUCCUCCCUUCGCACCAAACUGACAGGCUCUCUGAAGAAACUGGCUUCCAAGAGACUUGGUCACGAUGAUUCGGAUGUGCAGAGUUUAAGUGCCCUUGGGUUUGUGUAUAAGCUAGAGGGAGAGAGGAGGCGAGCUGCUGAGUGCUACGAAAGGGCCCAGAAGAUGGAUCCAGAAAAUGAAGAAUUCCUUGCUGCGCUAUGUGAACUGCGACUUUAACUAUGCACUCUAAGCUUUUUUUUUUUUAUUCCAUCCAUUUUGGAUUCUCAUUUUUGGCUUUGUUUUAAUCCGUUGUUCAUUGAGCCAAUCUAUUGGACGGCUAUUGUGUACCAGGCUGUUGUGUAUUGAGCUAAAUACUUAACAUACACCAUGAUGAAUCUUUUUUUUUUUAAUGAAAAGUACUAAAAUCCAUUGAGAAACAUCAACAUUUUAGCUGUGAUAACUUUAAAAAAUGGCCUGGCCUUGAUGUUAUAUUCUUGAUUUCUGCUAUUUAUAAAAUGUUCUGGGGCCAAUGCUGUGGCUUAAUGGUAGAGCAAAUGUUUUACAUGUGUGAGGCCCUGGGUUCCAUCCCUGGAACCACACACACUUUUUUUUUCUUUCUUUCUUUUUUUUUUUUUAAUUUGUCCAUUUCCUCCAUUUUAAUGAUUAAAAUGCAGUGAGUGUAAUCCGAUGUAAUCCUUUGAUACCUAAACCAAGAAGUGCAAAAUUAUGUUAGUGAAACUUGUAAUUAAUAUGGCUCACAAGAGACAGGUGCUUCCAGUUGUUCUGAUUUUGAUGAGGAUCUUGAACCAUCAACCAGAUAGUUACUUACUUAGAUGAUACCUGCUACUCUCUGGUUGAUGUAUAAAGCUUUCUCUUUGUCAGGAGAAAGAAUUUCAUAAGUUUUUGUCUCUGUUGAUGUCAGUAAGAAGAGGGAAGAAAAACGUAGACCAUGAGAAAAAAAUGUUUUCAAAGAGAAGUUUGGGGACCCAGGAGAAACCAGAUGUAUUGUCUUCCAGUUAAUCACUUCCAGUUAAUCACUUAAAUAGCUAAAAAAUAGUUAUCAGGAAGGGAAAUAAUAUAAAGAAAAAUCAUUAGUCUCAAGUUUCUCUGGUUCUAAUCUAAACAGAAUCCACUUAUUCCCUCUAAUUAAAAUUACAGUAUUUUUAGGUUAUCAUUCAUGUGGAAGACAAGCUAAUUGAGAAACUAGGGGAAAUGAUUAGCAAACGGGCAAAGUAGAUGCCUGAACCUACAUCCUUAGAUUACCAAGAUUCCAGGCAUUACUCUUUGAAGAUUUCUCUUAGUUUGGGAUUUGCACUGAGUUGAAUUCUCAAGCCCACAGUUUCUGGCCUUUGGGUAACUGUUUUAGUAUUCCAAAGUUACUUCUGUGAAGCUUUUUCUUUUGUCUGAAGUUUUCAGAUUGAUUGUUCUCCCUGGAAUAUUUAAACCCGACUUUCAGUUUAAUUUGAAGGGUCACGUCUACAGAGCUCUUAUCCCAGGGGACUUCUUUAAUUGGACACUUUUAAUUUAAAAGUGUUUCUCUUAUAUUUCUUUGUAGACUAUUGACCACAACUGGCUUAGUGGGAAAGUGUGCCAUGUGAUUUACUUCUCUAUACCUCUAGUGUAGCGUUUAAAUAUCUGUUUGUGUUUUUUACUUUUUGUUACUUUUUUAUUUUAAAUUUUUAUUAUGGUUAUUGGAUUAUUCUAGUUUGUGGAUUAUUCUAAAAGUAAUUUUGAUGGUAAGAUUUCAAAUAAUACAUAAGUAUCUAAAUUUAAGCAUAAGAACUUGUUCUCUAAUUUCACAUCCCCAACAAUUUGAUAUGUAUCUUUCCAACUAUUUUUUCCUGUGCAUAUUAAAGUAUUCACAAGUAU